AUGGGAGAUAUGGAUAAUUUGUUACAAGAAUUGGAACAAUCUGUCCAAAAAGAGAUCUCGGAAGAUAAAAUGAAAUCAAGGAAAGUUCCUAGUCACCCGUUUUCCGAAAGAAACCAACAGACGAACAGUAACGUAGAAAAGCAGAACAGUAGUCAUGAAGAUAAGCAUGAAGACUUGGAAAAGAAGCAAAACGAUAUAAAUGUCAGUUUACAUUUCUUUUAUUCUUACUUCUUUAGGUAAACGAAGAAGUUGCCUUGGUCGACCUAGAUGAAGCUUUAUCGGUAAACGUCGAACCUACUCUUUUAACGUCUCCAAUGAUAAAUAUUAUCCAACCUUCUCCUUUACAUGAAGAAAGGCCUGACGAUAAAAUUCACUUCGGAACCCAUCUUGACUUUCGCAGAGAAGCUUCUACCACUUCACUUCGAGAAGAAGAAAGUCAUGAUCCAGACAUUCACAAGUUUAGUGAUUUUUCCAAGGAUUUUUCCUUCAACUCUUUGGAGCAAACCUCGAACAUUCCACUUGGAAAUAACCUUGUCGUGGACGAUACAUUAAAACGAAGUGGAUCAAGUAGAUCUGUUUUGGAUGAAGGAGAAGAUGACGAAGAUGAGAUGUUGAAGGCAUUAGAAAUGCUGGAUAGACGGGAAAGUCGAGAGCAAAGUAUGGAAAGCGACGAUGGAAUUGUGAUGAAAAAUGUUAGUGUGGAGAAGCUGGAUGACGUAGCGGACGAAGAGAAAGAAGCCCAAUUAGAAGCUGUUGGAAAUGAUUUUACAGCGCCGGCUCAAGAUGAUCGGAUGUGCAUGGUUGAAGAGAAUACUGAUUUGAGGGCUUGUGUAAAUAAGGAUGUCGAUCUUCAUUUACCACGGUUGUCUGUUGGCGAUGUCUCCGGUGUUUUAUCAACUUCAUGCAACGAAUGUGCUGAAAUCAAUUUAAAGCAACCUGUUGAAUCAUACGAUGAAGAAAAAGACAUAACUGAACCCGCGGAUGCAGGGGACGCGGUUCCGAAUACGGCCGUUGAAAAUGAUACAAGCGUUGUUAAAUUCCUCGUUGAUGAGUUAGUGGAGAACACCGCCAAAAGGCACUUGACUCAGGAGGAGGAGAGUGAUCAGCAAGUAGAACGGCGUCUUGAUCUACAUGAAGAAGACGGGAAAAAUUCUUCCAUUUCGGUGGAUAGCAAAACUGGUGGAAUUUCUGGAAACGUGGGUCUUCAAAGCUCGACGGAUGCGGCUUCGGUUUCUCUUCUAACAGGUGUGGAAGAUGACAAUGAAGGGCUGACCCCGGAAAUGGAAGCCGAAUUGGAGGACUUAGAGAAAGAAUUAAGAUCUGAGGGAUUGUUGGAGGAUGAAAUAGAAGGGAUAAAAGAGUUUGUUAAAGAAGAAAUUGAACGUGGAGAGUCGAUUCAGAAGGAAGAAACGCAAAACGUCAAAGAAGUGAAGGGAGAAGGUGAGGUUAUGUCGAGAGAAGUCGAGCAAGAAGAAGUUAAUGAAGUUGAACCUUUGGAUAAACCGUCAGAUGAGGCGUUUGACUGUCAAGUACAAGAUUCGGAGGUUACUCUUAGAACUGAUGAACUUGAAGUGCAAAUGGAAGAGAAGAUAGAACAUGAAGAGGGUGUUCUGGGAGUAGGAAGAAGUAAUUUUUAUGACGACGAGACGUCAACACAUAAUGAUUCAACGUCUGAAGUUACCCAAGGACAAGAAGAACGACCACAUCUACCUGUUAAGAGCGUGGAGGAAUUAGAUCCAGAUUCACAAACUCUGGCUCUAGAAGUUCACGAAGAUCCGGGUACUUCGGGAAUGCAUAUUCUGCCGGAACAACCCAAACCCUUAUCGGUAAUUGCCUCUACGCAUACUGUAGGUAAUGUCGGCACGGAUCUGAGGCUAACCGAAAGUGAGUUACAACUCGGCAAAGUGAAACCCAAUUGGAUAAAGGAUGAAGAAUAUAAGAAGUGUAUGAUUUGUCUAUCCAAGUUUACAAUUGUAAAUAGAAGACAUCAUUGCCGGUGUUGCGGGCGAGUCUUAUGUUCGGAAUGUUGUUCUAUACGACGAAAGCUGGAUUAUAUGGAGGAGAAUGAGAAAGCACAAAGAGUUUGUCAGCCCUGUAAUCUGACCUUGGACAGGAUUGAAGUAUACGAAAAGACGCAGGAGAAUAUACAGUAAGUUUCUUGUAUUAUUUGAAAGAAAGCGAAGAGUAUAAUCUUGAAUUUUAUUAUUUAUAGACCGCAACAACUUGAGUCUGUCGAAAAUGAGGUACCUACCAAUCUUCCGUCUUUGCCAUCUACAUCUACCGAAAGUUCCGCUUUGGUCAGAAGAAAAUCAGUUCUCAAACAGAAAAGAGGCGAUUCAGAGAGUGGUCAAUCUCCUCCUGAUAAUGGGGAUCUGCAGAGAAAACGGUCCGUUCGCUUCCUUGACGGUAUUGCCCCAGGAACUGAGAAUACGAGAAACGAAAGCGCUGAAGGCCAACAAGGCUCCACAAGACCGACUAAACCUAAAGUAAGGUAACAUUCGGAUGUUUUUUAUAUAAUGUCAAGGCUAGUGCAAUAGUGUUUAUUUAGAGGAUCAGCUCGCGCAAGUUAAGAGAGUUGAUGGCUCAAGAUGAAGGGAAGUUGCUCUCGGAUGGCGAUAGGUUUUAUACUAUUUGUGAUACGUUUACUGGGGAAUUAAAGCGAAUACAAAUCGAGGAGAUAACCGAGCGAUUUAAAAAUGGGUUUGUCGUUCGGUUGGUUAUAAAACGGAAUGUCCAUUUAGUCAUUAGCUAUAACAAUGGUAUGUUUGUUUGCAUAUUUUUGGCUUUGCAAUAAUCUUUUCGCUUGAUGCACUGUUCUUACAGAAGAAGAUGAUGGAAUAGUUUCUCUUUAUACUUCUGGACUCAAUACCCUUGGCAUUGAAGAAGUACUGAUCGCCUAUACUUCCGAUGUCCAUCCCCAGUUUCCAUUUGGGCUUUGUCGAUUACUCUCCCGAUUCUCCGGAGAAUGUCUGAAACCAAGAACGGAUCAAUUGGAUGAUGUUAAUGGAAUCAGACACUGCGGCGUCAGAAUGGCAAAUAGUAUUGAGAUCAAAGAGGAAGAGGUAGAGGGACUAGAAGGGUUCAAAUCUGCGUUUUUUGCACCUUACAUGGACCAAGAGAUUAAAAGAAUUGUAUCCCCGAAUGGCCCAUUCAGAGUUGGGGUUUUGAUAAAGGAAGUCGAAUUGCCUCUGAUGAAAGCGUUACCCAUGCGGAUAUUGACUCGUUUGGGAAUGAUUAAUGACGGUGAGUUCUAAUUUUAUUAUCUUUUGUUGUGUUAGAUUACGUCCAUAUGAUUAUGUUUAUUUUAGUUUACCCAUUUCCUAUUGUGAAUGACAUGAAGAGGGCUCCAGUAUUCGAUGGAUUGUCGGAUCUCACACAGCUAUCUUCUUCGACAAUACUCACCAUGUUCCAUGAUUUCCGCUUAAAUUCGUAUCAAAUGCCUUACAUCGCCACAAGUUGUGUGAUGAUAAACGAAAAAACCACUACGGUAUUGCUGCCUGUCUGGGCAAAGGAACAGAUGAAGGCUAUCCUCAACUCCCAGAUGAAUCUCUUGGCUUGGGCAUGCGAUAUAAACGAAGAAUGUGACUCUAUCCUGACUUGUGAACAUCUUGGAUCUUCUUUCCAAACGAGAAUAUUCAUGAAAGAAUCAGAUCGGAAUUCUAUUGGUGUGUCUUUUGUUGCCUUCUCUACUGGUCACAAAGGAGGAGACAACGACUUCUCUCAGACCCUAGUAGAAGAUGGAGUUGUUAUUCGAUUUACUGGGGAUACUUUGGAAUUUGUCCAAAAGAAACUUCAGAAUGGAGAUGGAUUCGAAUUGGAGUCGAAUGGAAUGAAAUUGAAAAUCGAAUGGGUGGAGAACACUCUUCUCAGCAUAAUGGGGCCAAUAAAGUCCCCGAUUGAUGGAAUUGACCUUAGGGCAAGGAGACGCUUUCUAUUUUUUGUGUUUAUGGUCGAGUAUUAUGUUAUAUUAUGAAUAUUACAGGGCUACAUUCAAUAUGGGCUGACGUUGGAGCGAGCACUGCAUUCGAAUAAUCUCUUCCAGAAUAGCCGAAAUCAUGCCCUCAGGCUGGGUUCGGUGAUCCGAUUGGUCACAAAAAAGCUUGACGUUCAAUUGCAAUCUCAUUUCUUCGAUGCCUGUGAGCAAUUGACGAUGUGGUUACGGUCGACUCUAGAAGAUUACAUCCCUCUUCUGAUUGGCAUUGAUAUACGAUCUAUAGAGAUACGAUUGCAUGCAUCGCAGGAUAACGUGGGAUUUGAAUUGGCUAACUGGACUGGAUUAGAAGAAGCUCACUCAGAAUAUAUUGGACUUCUCUCUGAAAAGGUAAUUAUUCUACAAUCUGUUAACACUCGUUUACUUGCAGGUUUUGCCUAUUUUGUACCAGAUCUUGGCAAGUAAUACUGGAGAUUUCAAUGUGGAACUUCACCUCCCGAUCGUCUCGAUUUACCCCCUUCCCAAGGAAGAUGAGGCAACCGACUAA